CGGGAGGGAUUUCGGGUGAAUGGGGAAACUCAACCCGCCCGGAGCGCUGGAGGGGAGCCCGGCCGCAAGCCCCGGCCCGUGAAGCGGUGGCCAAGCCGCGGGGCGGCUGGGCUGCCAGCAGGCGCUUCAGCCGGCGCGUCCCUGGGCGCUGCGGAGAGCUCCCGGCCGCUGCCGGCCCCGGCGGGGCGUGUCCCGGGCAGCCCCGCUCCGCCCCAGCCCGGCGGGGACGGCGGGGGCCGCGGCGGCGGACGGGGCCGGGCCGGGCAGCGGGGAGCGGCGGGGCAGCGCCAUGGGGCUGGAGACGGAGAAGGCGGACACCCGCAUCUUCAUGGACGACGACAACUUCCCGCCGAGCGGCGGCCCGGCGCUGUCGGAGGCGGAGAAGUACGGGGAGGACGAACUGGACCGCGACCCCCGCGGGCUCAACGCCCACCUUCAGCUGGGGUUCGAGGACGUGAUCGCCGAGCCCGAGCUGACCCACUCCUUCGACAAGGUCUGGAUCUGCAGCCACGCUCUCUUCGAGCUCAGCAAGUACGUGAUCUACAAGCUCCUGACGCUGGUCCUUGCCAUACCGCUGGCCCUGGUUGUGGGGAUCGUCUUCGCCGUCCUCAGCUGCCUGCACAUCUGGAUCGUGCUGCCUUUCGUGAAAACCUGCCUCAUGGUCCUGCCUUCAGUGCAAACUAUAUGGAAGAGCCUGACAGAUGUUUUCGUCGUACCGUUCUUUCACAGCCUAGGCCGAUGCUUCGCCAUGGUUAACAUACGCCUGGACCAAGAGUAAACGUCAGGGAUGCGACACUGCUGUAACUGUAGCUGGUGUUAUACCUCUUCGCUAACCUAACAUACAAGCACUUACCAUUCAUUCCAAACUGUUAAAUUACAAUGGCUGGUUUAAGUGGGAACAUGCUAUUUUUUCUCUAAAACUCAUUUAUUUUCAGGGAGAUCAGUUUAAGAAUAAGUAGGCAGUUUUCAUAGCUCACUAUUUUAACAACAGAGUGAACGCGGAGUAUGUUGGCAACACUUUAUUUUAACGGUACAUCGAUUGCUAGAUUACAGGAGAAUUCUAAUGGAGGUUUAACGGCCACCACAGUGAUAAUGAUUUGGCGUUAUUCCUAUAAAUAAUCAAAUAGGCUGUGAUACCUUAGGUGAAACAGAUCUUUAGGGUUUCCCAUUGAUCUUACUGCAGUUCCACCAGGGAACAUUUUUUGGCCCUCACUAUGCAAAAUGAUCAAUUUAUUCCUUUAUUAGCAGCAAUUAAAAUGAACGAGACUCAUUGCAUAAGCAUAUAGGGAAAGGAACUGGUGUGUAAUUCUCCUGUGUUGGGGAGGAAAAGCUCCCUGGAAGUUUAUCCCUUAAAAUAAGGUGUUAGCUAAUGAUUUGGAACAUCAGCUAAUCUGUAUAUUUUAUUUAAUGAGAGGUUAACUUUGCUGUAUAUUUUGUACCUUUGUAAAUGGCACUUGAUCAGUUUUCUUUGAAGCAUUAUUUCUAUAGUAUUUGAAUUCUAACCAACUUACUAGGCAGCAAGAGUGAGACACUGCAAAAAAUGAUUUUAGAUAACUAAAAUUUUGGUUUCUAAAUUAUGUCGAUUUUUAAGUGUUGCUGUGCAAUUCUAGUAUAUUCAUUAUAUAUGGUUGCAUGUAAAUGCAAAGAUUAUAAGGGUUUUCAUACAAGACUAUGCAAAAGAGUUGGAAAUACCUGUUUAUGAGAAAUGUUUUUUAUUAAAAAUGGGGUGUAGUAAAUGCAACCCUGCCUAUAUCUGUGCAUUAUCUGUGUGAACUUUGUGAUAUUUAAAAUGGUAGACACUAUGCUGGCACUUUAACUAGGUAGCAAGCUCUUACAGAGGGCAAUUGAGUGUAAUUGCUAUCGUUGUCUAAUUCUCCUCACCUAUUGACUUGACUCUCCGUUUUGCUUAUUUACUACUUCCAAGCCUAACCCAUAAAAAAAGCCCUUCUUUCCUUCUGCACCUACUAUGGCUGUGGAAACCAGAAUAACAGAACAUAUGCAGAGGUACAUUAAGAUUACAUUAGUCUUCUGAUGGGUGUACGCUGCUGUUUUCUUUAAAUACAGAUGAUAACUUGCAAUUGUAAAACGUUUGUAUGAUUUAGAAUGUUAUUUCCUAAAAUGAUGUCACAGAUUUCUUAUCAAACAAGAUUAUGUAAUAAAAUAAUAAAAUGUCAGCUUUUUCCUAUUUUCAACUUCAUUUUUUCCGCUUUUUCAACUUCUUUAAAAGCUCUCAAAAUGCCAAACAGCACAGAAUACUGUGCAGUUCUUCCAAAAUAUGGGAGAGGGAAAAGAAAUGGAUGAGCAUCAAUGCAGUUCCACUAUUAUCAACUGCAUUUAACUUAUUUAUAAUAGAAAAUAAUGUAUCUCUGUGUGUAACUAAGCCCAUGCGGAAUGAUUGCUUUCUCUUCAGCAGGUCUGUUGGUGCUGAAUUUUGGCUGCAUUCAAAACAUGCUUAAUUCUUUUCACGGGCGCAUGCUUUAUUUACAGAUGAGCUGGAGAAUUUUCGUUUUCUUGCUUACUGGCCUACGGAAGCUAGCUGACACUGUAUAUUCUUUGUACAUCAAGAACAUCUUUCUACGUUAAAAAUGUUUGUACCAUUUGUACCAUUUAGAGAGGGAUUCAUAUGGCUUUUGAAAACUGGAUCUUAAUGAUUAGUGCCCAUGAAAACUUCUCUGGAGUUUUUUUCUUCUGCAAGAAGUUAGCUUGCUGUUCAGAUGUGCUCUUCAAAACACUUUUCUUAUGUUAAAAAUUGAAAUAUCUCUUUGUGAAAAUAAAGACUGGUCAGGCUAGGCUUGAAGUCUUUUGAGAGUUAUUUUCUUUCACAACGUCCAAGGAUUUUUACAAAGAUAUUUUCCACAGAAAAAUGUCCCCUUGAUGAAUUAAUAAAAUAAAAAAAUGAAUCAGUACUAGCCCUUGUGUCUAAAAGGAGCCCUAUAAAAUCCUGAGCUUUGAGAGAACUCAGGUCUGGAUCCAAACUUUGAGAAUGAGGCCGUUCCCUAGAGAAAAACGUGUCAUUUUAGGUCAUGCACUACUGGAUAUAGGCUUUCUUAAAUAGCUCACUGAAGUCAUCCAGCUCUGGCUACCACAGACAAUCAAGUAGAAUGGUUUGGUUUGUUCUUAUUUUGAUUGAGGCUUGUCACUAAUUAGUUCUUUUCACCAUUUCUUCAGCUGUUACACGACUCAAGUGAGCUUGUAAUUAAGUAAUUAAAGCUGUUAUUUUCUUACAUAUUUUACAGCAGUUUCUUUCUCUGGAACAGGUGUGCUUUUACUAUCAGAAAAUACCAAAUGGACUGUUAGGCUGAGGGCAAAAUAUUAGAUGCCGGGCAAAUACGUUUACUUCAUCCAUGAAAGGAGUGGAAGGAAGCAUGAAUAUAUACAGAUUCGUCAAUACUUGGAUGUGAAUCUGCCCCGGGCAACUCUGGCUGGCAAGCAUUCUCUGGAUUUUAUGGAUUUGACAGCUCUGACAGACAUCCCGGAGCUCUGCCACAGUUGAUACCGUCAAUAGCUUACAGCAUUGUUGGACAACGGGAACUGAAUGGGCACUGGCACUGAACUGUGAUCUUCUAUGUUGGGGUAGGUUCCUUAAGUUCAUCUCCAAUUCGUCUGAAAUGUGGACAAACCAUCCCAGCUGAUCCCUUACCAGCAACUUACCAAUGAGAAUUUAGGCAAGAAGGGGAGUCCAGAAACUUAGUCUCAUUGUCUGCAACAAAUGUAGGAAAAUUUACACCUGAUUCAGGCCAUCUGUUUUGCAGCAUCUUCUUCCCUUCUGUGGAAUGAGGAAAACGUUACUGCUCUUAACAGGAGUAGACUUUCCAUCAUCAUGGUAGAGUUACGAGGAUAAAUAAAUAAAAAGUGUGAGGUGUUCCUAUUCCAACCUGUCUCUUGUUACUGCAGACCUUGCAUUUGUAAUUAUGAGCUGGAGAUUCAGUUCUGGCACGCAAAAUAUUUCAGCAUCUUGUUUUUCAUGAAGAUCACAACUAACAUGCAGAACUAACCCCAGAUUUGUGUUUGUGGGUUUUUUUCUUUUAAUUCACGAAGAAAUUUAACCUGCCUCCAUAUGAGAGCUAUUUCAUACAAUCCUUCUAAUCUGUCUCUAGAACUUUUAUAUUAGUAUCUUAACUUUCCCCACCCUGCUUGUUUACCAUAUAAAUUGGAAUAAAUUCUUAACAGAAACUUUGACAUAUUAGUAAAUGAGGAGCCUUUUCCCACCUAUUGAAAAGCUCACUUAGGCGUGCACUGACCGAAAAGUUCAGAACAUCCCUGCAGCUCUGGGACCUCAGACCACACACUCAUAUUUAGUGGAAGCCAAAGAAUGGUAAGUCCAUUAUUUUUACAGGGUGUGA